GUGUGCGUAGCUCCGCGCAGGCGCGGGGCGGCGGGGGCGGCCAUGUCGGUGCAGGAGGAUCCGGUGCAGCGGGAGAUCCACCAGGACUGGGCCAACCGCGAGUACAUCGAGGUGAUCACCAGCUCCAUCAAGAAGAUCGCGGACUUUCUCAACUCCUUCGACAUGUCGUGCCGGUCCCGGCUGGCCACCCUCAACGAGAAGCUGACGGCGCUGGAGCGCAGGAUCGAGUACAUCGAGGCCCGGGUCACCAAGGGCGAGACGCUGACGUAGGCCUGGGGCGGCCCCGGGCCCCCCUUUCCCCGUUGGAGCACCGCCGCCCCGCACCCUGCUCGGGGCCUGCCGCCACCGCCGCCUCUGCUUGUGUUGCCAAUAAACCGCUGUGCUCCUGCCCUGCCUGCUCUCUGCCUGCCUGCCUGGGGCCGGGCCGCGGGAUGCCCGGCUCCCUGUCACCGUCUUGGAUGUCCAGAGCCUGCCCGUCCGUCCGUCUGACCCUCAGGGUUCAGCCCCGCGUUCCUCCCCACGUGUGGGGGCUGUGAUGGGAGGGGACAUGCUCCAGGGCCUGGCUGCUGUCAGCUCCAGGAGGCACCUGACCAGCCUUUGUGCUCCUGCUGGGGUCACAGCAGAAAAUCUGGUGAUCCUGAUGGUUUGGAGGGUUUCUCAGCCUUCAUGUGUGCACACUGUCAGGGCUGUGUGGGGACAGCAGGCUCACCUGGCAUGGUGCACAUGCCACAGGAUAGUGCCCAUUGUUGGCACCUAAACAGAAGUGCUUAUCCUCCUCUCUAGGGAGGCAGGUAACAAGGAGAAAGAAAUCUCUCUUUCCACCACUUCUCUAUUUAUUACAUUUUUUCAGUGGGCAUCUAGAGCUGCAGACUCAAGGCUCAUAUUUAGUGUUUGUUGGGGAGUCCAUGGAGUUGGUGUCAGUAAAGGUCUUUUUGCUGCCCAGAA